GAAUGAAUACCCCGUCCAUACCUCACCCAGCAUUAUGACUAGCUCAUGGAGUGAGCUGGACUCGGAGGAUCAUUAAUAACUAUUUUUUGAACUCUCCUUCCGCUCGUUCUGCUUUUUCAUUUAGUUCCUGAUUCUGACCCUGUCCCUCCCUGGGAGAGUCGCAUUCAUUCACUUGUCCAUUUCCUUUCGAAGCGUUAUAUAAUUUCGGGCUGCCUUGUUACUCGCGGAGGUUAAGUUUCUCAGACCUAGCUCCCCGUCAUAAUGGCCUAUCUCUUAUACUCCCUGACCCUUUUCGUCCUCAUUCUUGGAACAGUUCUCUAUUUUACUCGUAACCGGUGGCUUCCUCUUCUGCCCGUCCCAGACUAUUUCUACCAACGCCUUCCAACGACGUUCCAUGGCGAUGCCGAAUUAGGACUUUCCUCCGCCGAUUUUAGCCUUGCGUCAAACAUAGAAGCAGGCGAUGACCGUGGCGGCCUAGACGAGCGCGGUAAACGAGAAGUUCUGAAAAUUAUGAAAAGUAGACGGGUAGAUUUCAACGAGGCUCGAAAGAUCUAUAUGGAGCGACGGUUCGCGAAAAAUAAUAUUGGACCAGAUGGCAUGCCUAGAGAUCCCAAGUUUGUUUCAUUUUCGUGAUGAGGGAUCUACGAUGUCUCUCGCUAUUUGAAAUAUCAAUUUAACGGAUUGGGAGAGAGGAAGGCGGCGUGCACUACAUGGUUUGGCCUGGGUCGGGUUAUAGCAUCUGAAGAGGAAAUGGUGAAGCGCUGCUUUUGCACUUUGAUUCAUCCUUGGUUUGCGAUUCGAGAGCGCCUCUAUAUCUCCUCACACUAAUGAGAUAUGCAUCCCUCGUAUAUUUCCUAUUGUCACAAUCUCUUUGCAGCGUUUUGCGCCGAGACCGCGCUAGUUCUCAAAUCCAGUCGCCCGAAAUGUUUUGUUAUAUCAUCCAAUUUCCCCUCGCGAUCUCCUUUAAUUAUAUUAGUCUACAUCACAUGUUGCAGCGUAUUUGAACCUACUUGCUAAUGGAGAUACCGUGGAUUCAUUCAUCUCGCGCAAUACGCUUCGCUUCCAACGUGGCAAAACAGACUUGUCUCAUGGCUGCAUACUCCGUAUGCUCGAUUUAAUCGCAAAUUCAACCGCGAAAUGAGGCGCUGAAGGUUCGGCGGCAGGCGGCAGAUAUCGCUCCCCAUUAGACGUUCGAUAUGACCUUAAAAUGUUUACACUUAUGCUGUGAAUCAUCGCUGAGCCUCUCAUCGACCCCUUCCAUACCCUGGUUGCUGGAAUCCCGGUGGUAAUUGUCCCGGCGGAGGACCAUGUGUACCAACUGGAGGAGCGCCAAACCCAGGAGGCGGAGCAGGCUGGCCAAACCCCCGAGGUGGAGCAAAACCUGGAGAUGGCCCGCCAUAGCCGGCUUGAGACGGUGGAGGCCGAGCGGGUAGCCCAGCAGGCGGCGUGCCUAAUGGUGCCGUAAGGGGUUGUGGUGGAGGGGCGGGCCGGUGAGGUGGUUGAGGCGGCAUAUUCCCAUAUGGCGCAUUGGGCACAGGAACGCCUCUCCCAGCUCCAAAAUCUGGCGGGCCUGUGCUGACGGGGCGGCUUAUAUCUCCAUUCACAGCUGGUGUAGGAGCCAUCGGCGGUGCAUGCCCGCCUGGUACGUGGGGUGGUAAAACUUGAGUUUGUGGCUGGACAUUGUGCUUGCGGGCUUGGGCGGCGAGCAUUCUCUCUGCUUGGUCUCCGUGUCGCUCUCCCUUUCCAUCUUUCUUGUAAGCAUACUGAACAGAUAUCUCCUUGUUCAUAAGAUAUUGUCCGUUCAUAUUAGCAAUAGCAUCGUCGGACGCCUCGAAAUUAGCGAACGAAACGAAUCCGUAGCCCUUUGAGAGAUUUGCAUCAUCCCG